GGCCCGUUGGCUGCGUGCGUUGUGUUGACAGUUCACUGUCGCAUGAUGUUUCCUAUAUUAUUCCGGUAGGAAGCUAUUUAAGUGGCAACAGCUUCAUACUGACGUUUUAUCCAUUUUAAAAAAUACAUCGGGAUUGUGUAUAGACGACCCCUCAUCAUUCGGAGUGGUUGAGGUAUUACUAAUAAUAGCUAUAGAACGUUUUCUUGGCGAAUUGUCUGGAGGCUAUCUAGCUAGUUACCUUGCUAACAACUAAUAAUUUACUUAGCAAAUGCGCUGUAGCAAAACGUAGCCCGCUAUCAGAAUGCAAAUCAAGGAAUGUAUCAUGUCUGCACCUGGGAAAGCUAUCCUCCACGGAGAACACGCUGUCGUGCAUGGCAAUGUGGCUCUGGCUGUGAGUUUGAACCUGCGCACAUACCUACGGUUGCAAGCCACAUCCACCAGUAAAGUCUGCAUCAAUCUCCCCAACAUCAACACUUUCCUCAGCUGGGAUGUGACCGAGUUGAAGCGGCUGCUUCCUGACUCUGGAGCCGAGCUGGGGAAUGUGAAUGCGCUUGAUGCAGAGCUUGUCAGGAGGCUGCGAGACUUGGUUGGUGUAUCAAAUGGAACUUUGGAUACUCGCAGCAUGGCCAUCUUAGCCUUCCUCUACAUCUACCUCUCUGUCUUUGCUGGGUCAGGGGAGUUACCCAGCCUGACUGUGUCUGUGUGGUCAGAGUUGCCAACUGGAGCGGGUCUGGGGUCAAGUGCUGCCUACUCUGUGUGCCUGGCUGCAGCUCUGCUCUCUGCCAGUGGGACCAUCCCUUCUCCACUGAGUGACCAGGAAAGCACAGCCAGGUGGGGUGAGGUGGAGAUGGAGCUGAUCAACAGGUGGGCGUUUCAGGGGGAGAGGAUCAUCCAUGGGAACCCGUCAGGGGUGGACAACGCCGUGGGGACAUGGGGUGGCAUAUUGAGAUACCAUUCUGGGAAAAUAACACCCUUAAGCAGGGUCCCGAUGUUAAGGAUCCUACUCACAAACACCAAGGUCCCUCGCAGCACCAAGGUACUUGUUGCUGGAGUGAAGGACAAAAUGAACAAGUUUCCCUCUAUUAUAAACCCUGUACUGGAAUCUGUGAAUGCAGUCUCCUGCACCUGCGAGCAGACCUUAUCAGAGAUGACCAACGACACCCCCACACCAGAGCACUACAAUAUCCUGGAGGAACUCAUUGACAUCAACCAGCACCACCUGAACGUGAUGGGUGUAGGACACCCGGCCCUAGACACCCUGUGCCGAGGGCUACACAGCAAGCUGACUGGUGCCGGCGGAGGUGGCUGUGGUAUCACCCUGCUUAGACCAGAAACGGAGUGCUCGGUGGUCCAGAACACGAUCCAGGACUUGAGAGACUGUGGCUAUGACUGCUGGGAGACCAGUAUAGGUGCAGCAGGCGUGCAGCAGCACUCUCCCCUCGCCGUCAAAGAGGAGGCCCUGGAGGUUUUAGCACGCUACUGAGACCCACUGGCCAUGGGUCUGCCCUUCCUAUGGGUGAACAGGUGACGCUUUGCUCCAUUCAUUUGGCCUACCAAGUCUUCUAUUGUUAAGGCCUGACAACUACCAACAGAAGAGUUGGCUACAGCACAAUACAGCAUGGGACAUGCAUAAAUGCUAAUAGCGCUUCUCUAACGACCAACCGUCAAGACAGAAUCUUUGUUUCAGGGGAGGACAAUUGCUAAUCACCCACUCAUCGUAUAUUUUUCUGCCAUUUCAUGAGGUCAUGGAACUAAGAUUGUAGGGGCACUAGGCAGGUGAUCACACCUCCCUUUGAAACAAGUGGUGUUCUGGUUUUCAGUAUUUGGUAUGCACUGUAGCCCUCCCUAUCCCCUGGCUUGAAAUGAUUGUUUACUAAUGUGGAUUUAAACUGUUUUAGGUUUAGCAUGAGCUUACCAUGACACUUCAAAAGAAGAUGCUGCAAAAAAGCAAGAUUAACCCAGUGCAUAGCAGUGUGUCUAGGUGCUGGUUUUGGCAGGAACAGCUAGUAUUUAAAAACGAGUCAAAAAUGUAUUGAAAAAAGACAACCUUGACUCCAGUGUAUAUUUGUUUUUCUUUUUAAUAUUAGCAUUGCAUCAAACUAAAAAGUUGGUCACCUGAUUAUUAUUUUUUUUAAUUAAGUUUGCAGUUUACGCUUGUUUUUGAAUAUCAAUACCUUGGUUGACUUGUUCUUCGUUUUAAAUGAGGGUGCGGUGAGCCAUUUGUCAUAUAGAUGGCAGCAAAAUGUAAGAAUUAACUAACCUCUCAUAACUGACAUGAGCAAAUCAUAGCGAAGAGAUUGUCGUUCAGUUUUUGCUUCAGGUGUUAAUACAAUGCAAAAGCAGAUGCAUUCCUAGGUAUACAAACCUUUUAAAACUGAAAAUAAAAUGUGCAUCAUUU